AAACUGUUAAAGAUGAGCACGCCACCAGAGGACAACAACUUGUGGGGAGAUCAUCUGGAAGUUCCAGACGCCGCGCUUCCAGUUGAUCCUGACCCGGAGCCCCAGCUCUUGAUAGAGGAUGAGGGUAAUUUAAAUCAGUCUAAUAUCAUUGACAAUGCGGAUGAUAAUGAGGAGGUGGAAGUCAGAGAACUAGUGGUGAAUAUAGGGUAUGGUGGGGAAAACAGUCACCACGUAGCCAUAGAGUUUGUGCUGGAGCAUGGCGAGGAGGUAGACCUCGUAGUCGUAGAGUUGGGGCUAAGUCGUAGAGACGUAGAAGCAAUACUGGAGGAGCAGAAUGAGGAGGAGGAGGUUGAUGCUGAUAAUGUUAGGGCAAGUUUUGGUGAGUCUCCUGACACAAGCUCUGAGGAAGAAGAUCAUGAUGAAGACGAUGGCCACCUUUCACCGCAUCUUCAGUUCACCCAGAGCAUUCCCCCGGACUUCAGCCUUCCACGGAACAACGAGGAGCCAGAGGAGUCCCUGGAGCGCCCAGAAGACCGCGUCUCCAGGAAGAGGAGAAGAGAGGAAGACGCUGAAGAUGAAGAUCACGAUGAAGACGAUGGCCACCUUUCACCGCAUCUUCAGUUCACCCAGAGCAUUCCCCCGGACUUCAGCCUUCCACGGAACAACGAGGAGCCAGAGGAUCCCUGGAGCGCCCAGAAGACCGCGUCUCCAGGAAGAGGAGAAGAGAGGAAGACGCUGAAGAUGAAGAAGAUCACGAUGAAGACGAUGGCCACCUUUCACCGCAUCUGCAGUUCACCCAGAGGAUUCCCCCCGACUUCAGCCUUCCACGGACCCACGAGGAGCCAGAGGAGUCCCUGGAGCGCCCAGAAGACCGCGUCUCCAGGAGGAGAAGAAGAGAGGAAGACGAUGAAGAGGAGCGCCCUGGGAAGAGGCCUCGUCGUGAGAGGGAUAUUUAAGAAGAGGAGUUUCAAAUGGAUAUAA